AUGCGAGGAGUGAGAGGGACAAGAGGCGGUCAGACAGAGAAUAAGAAGACUGAGUCAACUCAUACAGAGAGAGGACAUCGGGUGGACGGUGAAGACGCAAUGGAGGAGGAAGCACUAAAAGGAGCAUCAUGUGUUGAGGAUGACGAUGGCAGAGAGCCAACGCUGAGUGACCUGGCAGGGAUUAUCCGGUCAUUUGCGGGUCAACAGGAGGCCCGGGAAGAAGAAUGGAGAGCGCAAGCCAAACGCCAGGAGCACCAGUUCAAGGCACUACAGCAUCAGUUUCGCCUUCUGCAGCAAGAGGUCGAGGAUCGUACAUCUCCAGUCCCCGAGCCUGCUUCCACAGUACCGGAUCCCUUUGAGGACCACAAUUUGAAUGAGAAUCAUCCAAGAGCUCAAGCCUCACCCUCUACAGAGUCGGUCCACCCUACUAUGUCUUCAGCAGAAUUGCAGUGGCCAAAAGUGGACUGGGUUUUUCGCCUCCUUCCACUGCUGACUGGUAAGGCCAGAGGAGCCUAUGUGCAUAUGGAUAUGGAUGAUGCUCAUGAAUAUGAUAAAGUGAAAUCAGCGAUUCUAAAAAAGUAUGAUAUUAACCCUGAGACCUACAGGCAGAGGUUCAGAUCCCUCCAUGUGGAACCUGAGGAGAGCCCCCAGGAGCUGUAUGGGAGGCUGAAAGAGCUGUAUGUCAAAUGGAUACAACCGCAAGGUAAAACACUUCAUGAAAUUAGUGAAGUUCUGAUCAUGGAACAAUACUUGAGAAUGCUGUCCCCUGAGCUUCAGGUUUGGGUAAAGGAGCAUGGGCCGAAAUCUGCUGCUGAAGCUGCCACUCUUGCGGAUGUGUUUGUGGCUGCCCGGGAAAAAGGCCAGCCAUGGAGUAGUAUGGGUGGCAAGGACUGCCACAGGCCCAUACCCCCUCAGCACCAACAGAGGUCGGCGUCAGGAGCGGGUAAGCCUUCCAUGAGGGAGAACCAAUAUGCACCACCCAGAGCUCCUAACCGAACACCAAUUUGUUACUUUUGUGGACAGGAAGGUCAUAUUAAACCGAUGUGCCCAAAGAAUCCAGUCAAGCUGACCCAGAUGUGUUUUGUUUCACGCCAGAGUGUUAACCCUGAACCCAAAAGUAACUAUCAGGAAAAUGGUUGGUGUUAA